UAGUAACCGGCGGAUCCGCUGCUGUGUCGACUAGCGCUGGAGAGGCGGAAGGGGCUGAGGGAUUCUGUUAUUAUCGGUAACAGAUAUCCGAGUCCACCUGUGUGUUAGUGCGGACUGGGCGACACGAUAUUGAGGCGGAGAGCCCCUGCUAAAGCGCCGAGAUGUUGAAUAUGUGGAAAGUCAGGGAGUUGGUGGAUAAAGCCACCAAUGUUGUGAUGAACUACUCAGAGAUAGAGUCCAAGGUUCGAGAAGCCACCAAUGACGACCCCUGGGGCCCAUCGGGUCAGCUCAUGGGCGAGAUUGCCAAAUCCACAUUUAUGUACGAGCAGUUCCCUGAAGUUAUGAACAUGCUUUGGACUAGAAUGCUGAAAGACAACAAGAAGAAUUGGAGAAGAGUUUACAAGGCCUUAUUACUAUUAGCAUACCUCAUCAGAAACGGGUCUGAGCGGGUGGUCACCAGCACCAGAGAACAUAUCUACGACCUGCGCUCUUUGGAAAAUUAUCAUUUUGUAGAUGAAAAUGGUAAGGACCAGGGCAUUAACGUACGGCAGAAGGUGAAAGAAAUGGUAGAGUUUGUUCAGGAUGAUGACCGGUUACGUGAGGAGAGGAAGAAAGCCAAGAAGAAUAAAGACAAAUACAUUGGAGUAUCUUCUGACAGCAUGGGAGGCUUCAAACAGAGUAACUCGGGAGAACAGUUUGACCCCGAAUCUAAAAGCAAAUGGGACGAGGACUGGGACAAAAACAAGAGCAGCUUCCUGUUCAGUGAAAAACUUGGGGAGAUAAGUGACAAAAUUGGAAGUACCAUUGAUGACACCAUCAACAAAUUCCGCAAGAAGGAGAGGGAUGACUCGCCAGAUCAUAUCAGUGACAAUGAGGAGGACAGAGUUUCACAGAACGGUCGUCCUGCAAAGUCAGAGUUUAAGGAUGACGAGGAGACCAUAACAAACAAGAGCGUCCAGAUCACACAGACCACAGAUGCAAUCACCUCCACCACCACCUCUUCACGCAAACGCGGCGGAGUCCCAUCUAAAACGGUCGACCUGGGUGCAGCCGCUCAUUACACUGGCAGCAAAAGCAGUCCAGAUGCUGACAACAACAAGACAUCAGUGAGUCAGUCAUCCAGCACAGGGCUUGCAGAUCUGUUGAUGGUGGACUCUGGUUCUGGUCAACCAGUGUCUUCAGGGGGAAACUCAGAUCUGAUUGGUGACUUUGCCGACUUCUCCUCACCUGCUGCCUCUGUCAGUCUCCCAUCAGCUGCUGGUUCGCUGUCUACUGGUAACGGUGAGUUUGGUGACUGGAACGCCUUCUCCACCAGUCCUCCUGCUGUCCCUGCUCCGUCUGUCAUCCCAGAUCUCUUCAGUGAUGUGCCCGCUCCAGCCGCCCCCUUGCCCACAUCCACCCAACCGCCUUCCGCUGACCUCUUUGACCUGAUGUCCCCCAACAACAGCAGCCUCAGCGCAUCCCAAAGCAUGACCUUCAAUGUGUGCCCGCAGAACGCAACCAUGCCUCUGUCCAGAUCACAGACAAUAGGUGGCCCGUUAUUGCCCCAGCAGAUGGGACUGCAAAAGUCAGGUGGGAAGUUAUCAAUGCCUGCCACCUGGUCAGACCCAAGCGUGAACAUCAGCCUGGAUUUCCUGUCUGCAGGCCUGAACCCUCCCAAACCCACACAGCCCACACUCAACACCAUGAUGCAGCAAGGUGUCCAGCCACCAUUGAACAUGGUCGCCCAGAAUUUCGCCGGAAUGACACUGAAUGCCCAGCCCUCGGCGGCCGCUCCCAGACCAGGAGUGAACCCAAUGAUGACCGGGGGGACCAUGGCCAUGGGAAUGCCUCCUACUAUGGCGACGGGCACCAUGGGAAUGGGCUCUGUGAGUAUCGGAGGAAUGCCUAUCAAUCAAGGACUCGUGGGCUUGAAUAUGAUGCCCGCUGGAAUAGGCCUGCAAGGUGCCCUGGGCAUGCCCAGCAUGGGGACUGGCCAGGGCAUGAACCCCGCCAUGCUGCAACCUAAACAAGAUGCCUUUGCAAACUUUGGCAACUUUGGGAAAUGAAGGCUGAAUCACUCCAAGAGGGUUAACGGUCCAAAUACACCUUCUCAAUAGAAGGAGCUGCAUCCAGUAAAAUGGACAAAACUGACAAAACUAGCCUGUGUCAUGAUUCUUCAAUCAUUUGUCCUUAUUCAUUAACAAAUACAGAGAAAAACGCACACAAGAAUUUGCUUUCUUUCAUGUGGGGUUGAUAAUCGAAGGGUGGAUUUUUUUUGUAAAUGGUGCAAAGCAUAUUAUAUACUUUUAAAGGAAAAAAGAUGACUGUGUGAAGUUUGGUACAUUUUUCCCUCACAACAGAAACAUUAGACACACUUUAUUUUUUCCAUCAUGGCCCUGUUCACUUUUCAAAUACAACUGAUUUCAGAAAUUACCUCAUAAUUUACAUUAUUCAUGCUGUGAUUAAAAGGCCGCAAAGGGUUGAUUUGUAAAUAUCUUGGUGUGCAAAAAAUAAAUUAUUUUACUCACUUCUCAGACGGUAUAAGAUGAAACAGUUUACCACAGGUCCUUAAUAUUUACUCAUGUUUUUGUUUUCGGUUUGAAUUGUUACAAUUUGUCAGAUAUAGAGUCACUCCUUAUAUUUCAUUAUCACUCCAGCACCUGUUAUUUAGAUGAAUAUGAUCAACUUUUAAAUUUUUUUUUUUUUUUUAAACAGACUAUAUCUGUAGAUAUAGUUUGAGUACUUUUGUGUAGCAAGCUACCUGACCGUAAUUUGAAGUGUGCCUGCCUGUGAAAUGGCCACCUUUUAAAUGAUACAAAUGUGUGUGAAGGUUAUUAACCAUACUUGAUGAAUCCAAAACUGUCUUAGAGAGGAUGUGUUACACGAAAGGCAAAAUCCAUUACAUUCUUGAAUGAUACGGAUGGGGAUAGUGCUACAUUUCUAGGGGUCUCUUCCCUUGAAUUUGUCAUCUGAAGCCGGACAAAUCAGUGCUUUGGCAGUAGCAGGAGUAGUGUUACACAUGUCUAGUAACUACUUGAAUUGGUAUUUAUAAUGCCUCAUAAUAACAGUCAUAUCCAUUAUAUCCUUUUCUUGCAUGUGUCGAUUUUACAGUUUCAAGCAUUGUUGCGGGUCAGUGUUAAAUUUCUGAAAUGUCUGUCACAGGAUUAUAUGAUGGCUAUGGAAUCAAUGAAGGCAUUGUGAACCCCCAAGUUUACUUGUCACUUUUUUCUUUCUUUUAACAUUUGGUUUUGUCCAUUUUCUCAUAUGCUGCUUUACAAGGGGCCCUCCAUCAGGCACUGAGGCAUUAUGUUCAAAAUGACCAAAUCUUUAUUUUAUUACUGUUUAGAUUUAUUCCAUAGUGGUUUAGUUUCUUAUUUGAAUACUUAACAUUAUACAGAGAGAUCCUGUGCAUAAAUACAUUGUCCUAGACAUGAGUGAAUCGAGUUAACACUUCAUAGUUUAUGCAAAUGUAAAGAGAAACAUGAAAUCGAGCGCCUCUUUCAUUAUAGUUUCUUUUCAGAUUUCAGUUUUUGAUUUUAUUGUACUGAGAAACCUUGUUUGACAUUAAACAAUUUCAUCAAAA